AAACUUUUUCUCAUGCGUAAAAAUGCCCUAAUUUCACAUAUAAAAUGCAAACAUUAUGCCUAUAAAACUCAAGUCCUACACAAAAUUUCAUUAAUCACCAUAAGCCCAUAACCAAACAUAUAUAUAUUCCUCGUACAUUUUUUGAACUUGGAAUAUAUAGUUAUGAUAGUUCAUAAACUAUUUUCAAUAUUUCUUCUUUUAGCCAUGGCAAAUGCACAAGGAUUAAUGCCGGAUUAUUACAAGCUUUCGUGUCCAGACGCUGAGAAAAUUAUUAAAAAUAUAACUCAACAAUAUGUUAAGCAUGUCCCUAAUUUUGCUCCCGGGUUGCUUAGAAUGAUCUUCCAUGACUGCUUUGUUAGAGGUUGCGAUGGUUCUGUAUUAUUGAAUCCUACGGCUUCUAACAAUCAAACGGAGAAGACUGCCAUUCCCAACACAACACUUCGGGGAUUUGAAAUCAUUGAUGAAAUCAAGUCGGCACUAGAAGAAUAUUGUCCAAAUGUUGUUUCAUGUGCUGAUAUUCUAGCAUUAGCUUCUCGUGACGCCGUCACCACGAUAGGUGGACCCUACUGGGAAGUUCCUACAGGUAGAAAAGAUGGUAAAAUCUCAUUGGCUUCAGAAGCAAAUGCUUUUAUACCAUCACCAUUUGCAGAUAUUACUACCCUUAAACAAAAUUUUGAAGCUUUGGGUCUUACUACUAAGGAUUUGGUAGUCUUAUCAGGUUCGCACACCAUCGGUCUUGGUCACUGCUUCAUUAUCUUGAGGCGAUUGUACAAUUUCACCGGACAAGGGGACACUGACCCUGCAUUGUCCCCUCGUUACGCCAAUUGGUUAAAGACUAGGUGUAAACCCGACCCCAAUGAGUUGAAGCCUUUUGUUUUUAUGGAUAGAAUUACACCAAAAGUGUUUGAUGAAAAGUAUUAUACCAUGGUAACUCAAAAUAGAGGACUAUUUCAAUCUGAUGCUGCUCUUUUAAAUGAUCCCGAAACUAAGAGUUACCUUGAGUUGCAAGUUAAGACUAUGGGGUCCACAUUUCAUCAAGAUUUUGCUCAAUCCAUGACAAAAAUGAUUCAAAUUGGUGUACUUAUUGGUGAUCAAGGUCAGAUUAGAAAAAAUUGUGGUUUUGUUAAUCUUUAGUUUAGAUUGAUGGUUAUAAAUAUUAGGUUUUAAAAUAUUGUUAUUCAAUUGUAUAGUUUAUAAUUUGUUCUUUUAGCUUUUUAUAUUGUUUUUAGAAUAAAAUAAGCAAAUAUAAAUUGUCGUUUUUAUUACCUUUUAAGGUACAUAUCUUAAAUAAUGAAUAUUUAGGUAUAUGAAUAUGUAGUUUGUUGUGGAUGGUAUGAAUUAGAAAAAUAAGAAGGUUUAUUUUGUAAUAAAAUGGAUUUUUUCAUAUUUUCGAGC